CACCCACCGAUCCGCCGCGCCGCACCGUGCCGCGGCGUCACGCACAGCGUGCGAAGAUUCGCCUCGCGCUGCUGUGCACGCUGCUCCCCCACGGCGCGCAGGCGCAGCGGCUUGGGCGCGACACGCCUCCCUGAUGAGUCGUGAGUCGUGACGCCACCCCGCGUCUCGUGCCCCGCGCCCCGCCCUUUCCCUUUUUAUACCACGCUGAUCGUCUACUCCAAUGUCUCCAUCUCGCCACAUUCGCCGCGCGCGUCACACGAGCAAGGGAGCAAGCGAGGAGAGAGGAGAGGCUUAGCGAGAGAGGUGAGGAGAGGAGAGGAUUUGGAACUUUUGAUCUUUGGGAUCGCGAGACGACGGAGAUGGCCGGUGGCGGCAGGGCCGAUGACGAGCGAAGGAUCGGGGUGGCGAUGGACUACUCGGCGAGCAGCAAGAGGGCGCUGGACUGGGCCAUCGCCAACCUGCUCCGCCGGGGCGACCACCUCGUCGUCCUCCACGUCCUGCAUCACGGCGGGGAGGAGGCCAAGCACGCCCUGUGGGGCAAGUCCGGAUCCCCGCUGAUCCCUCUCUCCGAGUUCCGGGAUCCGACGGCGAUGCAGCAGUACGGCGUGCACUGCGACGCCGAGGUGCUCGACAUGCUCGACACGGCGGCGCGCCAGUUGGAGCUUACCGUAGUGGCGAAGCUGUACUGGGGCGACGCCAGGGAGAAGCUCUGCGACGCCGUCGAGGAGCAGAAGAUCGACACGCUCGUCAUGGGCAGCCGCGGCCUCGGCUCGAUCCAGAGGUAUAACUCCUACUUCUGUUUGCAAUGUUGUUGCCUCAUCAAUCAAGAAUCAAAAUUGCAGGCAUUGACCAUAGAACUUGCCUUUGGGCCAGUUGCUAAUAUUCCUGUUCAGAUAGACAAGCUCUGUCGAGAACGAUGCACUGCUUAAAUCGAUAAUUAAACUACAUACUGUGUCCAGUUCCGUGGUACGGUAGUUUUUAAUCUCAACACAUAAUUGCAUUGCACUGGAAAUUUGGGGGCCAAAUGCGUAUCUGACUUGGCCUUGCAACUUGAAUCAUUACAGCCAAUGAGAUUGGAUUAUCGAGCAUUUCAGUUGCACUUGUUUUUUCUGUGGGACCGCCAAGGCAUCAACUUGUUGCCUUCACGAUUAAUAAAUUGUAAGAGCAAGUACAAUAGCUGGCUAUAAACCAGCUGUAAAUAUAUUUUAAGAAGAUAAAUGAGGAGAGAGAAGGGUAGUGGGCUACAGAUUUGUAGCCAACUAUAGCACGAACUCCAAGACGCAGUGUGUGUAUGACAGGCGGGACCAAAUAUUAAUAGUGUAGUAUGUAAUUAUUGUAUAAAUGAGCUAUUAGAUUGGCUAUAGAUGAAUUGGAGCUAGUAGUUGGCUAUACUAUUAAACUUGCUCUAAAGUCGCAUGUUCAUCCUUGAGACAUGUAUAUCCUGAUUCUUGGUCGGCGCGUUGUUUUAUGUUCUCAUGUGAAACUCCUUUUCAUAUUCAAAUGUUUCCCAUGUACAGUUUGAGCAUAAGAAUGAUGUAUAUAUAUAGAGUUAGUUCAACAACUAGAAUGCUUGUGCUAUUUCAAUAUCCAAAUACAGAAGUUUAUAUACAGGAACGUGAUUAUCUUGGUUUUAGCCUCUUAGGUUAGUGUCCACGUCCAAAGACUAUAACUAUUUAGUCUAUAACAUAUUGAGUGGAUGAUAUGCAUUGUUAGCUUGAAACUUACUAUUGUCAUCUUGAUUCAGAACAGAAAAUUGUGAAGUUUGAAGAUGCGAUGUCUAAUGAACGUUUGGGAGUAUACGCUUUGCGCAUAUGGCAGUAUUUGUUUAGGGCUGGUUUGGUUCGAUGCCUAAAUUAGUCUUACCAAUAUUUGGCAAUUUCAAUAGUGUUUAGUGUCUAUUUGGUUUGAAGCCAAAUUUUGUUAUGCCUAAGAAAAUAGGUCAUUUCAAUAAUGAACUUAUUAGACUAUUUUGGCUUCAAUCUAAACACAA